ACUUCCUCACAAUAUCUGGCUUACAACAAUUUCAUAUGGAGAGGUUAAUAAAGCUAUUUCUUCUUCUUCUUCUUCUUCUUCAGUUCCUCACCGUGGCCUUCGUCGGAGUGUCGGCGAAGCCGGUGACCUUCACCGAAGGCUUUACCGUCAACUGGGCCGACUCUCAUGUAAAGCAGAUCCAAGGAGGCUCUUCCAUUCAGCUCAUUCUCGACCAAUCCUCUGGGUCCGGCUUUGUAUCAAAGAACAAGUAUUUGUUCGGGCGCGUGAGCAUGAAGAUAAAGCUCAUCUCCGGCGACUCCGCCGGCACGGUCACCGCCUUCUAUAUGAACUCGGACAACGAUAGUGUGAGGGACGAGCUGGACUUUGAAUUCUUAGGGAACAGAAGUGGUCAGCCAUACACAGUUCAGACGAAUGUGUACGCCAACGGGAAAGGAGACAGAGAGCAGAGGGUCAAUCUCUGGUUUGAUCCAGCCGCGGACUAUCAUACCUAUUCUAUUCUCUGGAAUCACUGCCAUGUCAUAUUUUUUGUGGAUGAGGUGCCGAUCAGAGUUUUCAAGAACAACGAGAGGCGAGGGGUCUCCUUCCCGAAGCUUCAGCCAAUGGCGGUUCACUCGACUCUGUGGGAAGCCGACGACUGGGCCACAAGAGGCGGCUUGGAGAAAAUUGACUGGACCAAGGCUCCCUUCUACGCUUAUUACAAGGAAUUCGAUAUCGAAGGCUGCGUCGCAUCGCCGGCAAUUGCUGGCGACGUCGCCGCCUGUGCCUCAAAGGCCGGAAACUGGUGGGAGGAGCCAGCAUACUGCCAGCUCAGCGCCGGGCAGGCCAGGCUGUACCGGUGGGUCCGACUCCACCAUCUUAUCUAUGAUUACUGCACCGACAAGUCACGAUUCGCGAUUACUCCAACGGAAUGCGCUGCUGGAAUAUGAGAUCUUUGCUGCACAUAAUAUAAUAGAAAAAGAAUCGAAGUGGGGCUCCAUUAUUUAUAAUGGGGGCCUAAAACGAUUCUUAUAUGGUCUAUUUAUUUUCCAUAUUAUUUAAGGACUAAAAUAUUUCCCAUAUUCUUUCAAUGGGGAUAAAAGCAGUUGUAAUUACAAUAUAUAUAUAUAUGGAUGUAUAUAUAUAUAUGUAUGUAUGUAUUGUCAAGGUGGUGAAAUGUUUCUGGUUUUUUUGUAAUAAUGCGUACGCAAUAUAAAUAAUUAAUGGAAUCUGGAGUCAACCCUGUGGAUGUAUUGACUUUA